AGACAUAAAUCAAACGGUAACACAGUUUUUGGCGCUUUAGAAGAUUCGCACAAUAUUUUUCUGGCUUUCCCCGAUCUUUCCGAGCUUUUUGCGGGCCCAGGACAAGAUGCCCAUCACCGGGCUGUGCAUCGAGCUGCGUCCCAAUCUGCGCAGCGGCGUUGCCUUCCUGCAAUUCGAUCAUCAGAUCUCGCAGGGCCACGAAACGCGCAUCGUCAUCCGGCAAUGCAAUGUUUACAUCAGCGAGAAACCAGAAAAGCGAGAGAAUCCGGAGGACUCCAACUCGGAGAGCGAUAGCGAGGACCCCGACGAGAUGCUGCUCAUCCGGCACGAUCACUUCGGCAUGGACAUCAGUUGCAUAUCGAACCUAAUGGUCAGCGGUCGCCACAUAAGCUUCCGCUUCAACUACAACCAGAUUGAUUUGUCCGCCGUUGACGGUGGCUGCGUGGAGGUGCCGUUGGCGCCGCUGCUUCUCUCCUGCCGGGAGGGUGAGGACUCCGUCACGCUCAAUUGCCGCGACUGCCGGGCGGUGUUGGUGGAGCCGAGGAUCUACCGCCGACUGAGGGAGUUCCCCAGCUGCGUGGUGGAUCCCGGGGAGUUCUUCUGCCACAACCAUGGCGCGGGUUGCAAUGCUCAACCAGUUAGCUUGGUGCCCGCCGAAGCCGAUCUCUUCUAUGGCCUCAACUAUGUGGUCAUCAACUAUAGCGCAAGCAAUCCGUACAUCCUCAACCGAGAGGAGCACUUGUAUUGCAAGCGUUGCAUGCGGUUUUUGGGGCUGACCAUGUUCAACGGGGCCGCCGCCCGCCUCUGGGCGGAUGCAGUGCGUUGGCUGCCCGAGGGAGCGACAGCAGGUGCCCCCGAGCGGCACUUCUUCCAGAGUUCCACGCUGACGCAGUUGGUCAAGCGACUCCUGCACUCGUUGUGGCCCCAACCGAUGCCCCAGCUCUGCUUGAGCACGAGUCGCGCGGUGCUGGUCACCUCGCUGCCCAGUCGCAGGCAGCAGUGCAUGUUCCUGCACGUGGUGGAGUCGCAGUUGCGCGUGCUGCGUCGCAAGAAGCCGGACUCGAAACGAUUGCGCUGUUAUCGCGCUUGCAAGCUGUACUACGGAGUUUUUGGCAGUGAUUCGCCGCUUCUGAGUAAGUGGCAGGACCAGCAGACGCUGCCCCAGAUGGAGAUCUCGCCGGAUAUGUUCCUGGCACUGCAGCAACGGCUCGAAUUCAAUGGACACUUGAUUCCGCACGCCUGGCGCGUGAACUCCGCCGAGGAGCAGCUGCAGCUGUCGUACUUCUUCUACGAGAACGAAGAGCAACCCGAAGGUGUGGCCAUCACCACGAAUGCCUUCUUGGAGCACCUGAGUCUCGCGCCAGACAAGAAACAGCAGGAGGAUCAGUACGAGACGGAUGCAGGACAUGCCAGCGAGAGCGACGAUGAGCACUCCGAUACGGACAGCGAUUUGGAGGUCCACGCGCUUGGCAAGCGGAUGAGCUUGCUCAAACGCAGUCCCACACCUCCGCGCUCCUGCCUCCAGAUGUCGACCUCCUCCUCGUCCGCCUCCUCGGAGGAUAAGUAGUGCAAGUACCUUGGUUACAAUCCUCUGCUUAGUUCGUAAGUCGAAAGUCAUGGCUGCUGAUCUUUGAUUGAAAACUAACUUGGUCAAACACAUCUGCAAAGGAUAUUAGUUCUCUGAAAGUUCAUUUAAUUUGUAUCCAGUUACCCUCUCAUAUAUUUUUUAACCAACCGUCCUGGUCCUUAACUUUGUAGACAUAAGAAGCGACAGUUGCUUAUGAGUUUCAAUAUCCUACUCAAGAAGAGUUAUUUCUAAAAAGACCCUUUCUGUCACAAGUUUGCAAUGCAGCAAGUAUAUAUUUUUGAUCUGUCCGUCUGCUGUUUCUAGUCUAAUGGAAAAAUGUACAUAAAUUCACACACAGUUCAUAAAUGAAUCUAGAUCUUAGUUUCGACUGCAAGGGUAUUUAAGCUUCCGAGGCUUGCCGAAGCUAUCUUCUUUUUAUGUUUGUAUAAUUCAACCAACAUUUACGUUGAAUAUAAUUUUCACAUCCAUCCUAUAAUACCUUUAUAAGUUGUUGGAUAAAUCCUUCUGAUCUUUUGCUUUUGUUGAUGGUUGUAUAAAAACGAUAGAUAAGACCAAGCGGAUUAGAUUAGUAUCAAGGAACAUUUUCUCUUAGACUAUUUAUUUAAGUCAGCCUUUGUUUGUUGUGGAGAAAAAUUUGAUUUUAUUACUUGACUCUCGAUCGGUUCGUAUAUAUUUUGAUAUAGUUUAACAAACGGUUUGCAACAAGUAUUAGCUGGAUAAACAAUUUCUAAGUGGUGGACAAUGCUUCCGUACGCUAGCACAAAGACAGUGAGUCCCGUGACUGUAAGGCCAAGGCCGAUAAUUACAGCUCCGAAAUGUACUGCGCAUGUAAUCAAAAAGUAGUUAUUUCCUUUAUACACUUUGACGUUCCCUUUUUAUUUUAAAGUAGCAAAAUAUUUAAAGCGGAAUUGAAAUAUUCAAAAUAUUCAAUUUAAUAUUAUAUAUCCAAAGAACUGAAAAAAUAAGUUU